GUUUUCUGUAAAGCCUUCCGUAAAAAUAGUUUUCUUCUUUCAGAAUGUUUAAUCUGCUCUUUUAGCCUAUUAAAAUCACAGAUAUGGCAGAAAAUGGGGUUAAAAGAGAGAAUGCUGCUUCAAGCUCUUCAUCUUCGAACUCUCAGUCACCUACUUCUCCAACGACUCCAGCCGUUAAGAAAAAAAAACCUGAAGAUUUCAAGUUUGGAAAGGUUCUUGGUGAAGGGUCAUUUUCAACUGUAUAUGUUGUGCGAGAAAUAAGUACAGGAAAAGAAUAUGCCAUGAAAGUUCUGGAGAAAAGGCACAUGAUACGAGAAAAAAAAGUGCAAUAUGUGUCAAGAGAGAAAGAGGUGCUGAGUAGACUUAACCAUCCAUUCUUUGUUAGACUAUAUUUUACAUUUCAAGAUAAAGAGAAACUUUAUUUUGGUCUAAGCUAUGCCAAGAAAGGAGAGCUGUUACCUUAUAUUAUAAAGCUGGGCUCCUUUGACCUCACAUGUACAAGAUUUUAUUCUGCUGAAGUUGUAUCAGCCUUGGAACAUCUUCAUGGAUUAGGAAUUAUUCACAGGGACUUAAAACCAGAAAAUAUUCUUUUGGAUGCAGACAUGCACAUAAAGAUCACUGACUUUGGUACAGCUAAGAUUGUGACUGAUGGUGAAGUCAAUGAGAAAGGGAGAAAUUCAUUUGUUGGAACUGCACAAUAUGUUUCACCUGAGCUUUUAACAGACAAAAGAGCAGCUAAAAGCUCUGACCUUUGGGCUUUGGGUUGUAUUAUUUAUCAACUUCUAUCUGGACUGCCACCAUUCAGAGCUGUAAAUGAGUAUCAGAUAUUUAAAAAGAUUAUCGCCCUUGAAUAUGAAUUUCCAAGUGGUUUCCCUGAAGUUCCAAAGGGUCUUGUCCAGAGUUUAUUGGUAUUGGAUCCAAAAUUGAGGCUUGGCUGUGAUGAGCAAGGAGGAUUUCCUUCGUUGAAAAGUCACGAGUUUUAUGAAGGAAUCGAUUGGGAGAAUUUGCCAAAUGAGACACCUCCAGAUCUAUUACCCUAUCUGCCGUCCACAAGCACAAACGAGGAAGGUCUUCGUAGCAAAUUCAAGCUGAGUCUUCAUGACAGUGACAGUGACGAAUUUGAUGACCAGCUAUUGGCAAGGUUUGGCCUGUCCGAUGAAGCUCCACAGCCAGGUGGCCCUACGAACAUUCUCAAUCUUACGGAAAGCGAGAGAGAGGAGAAAUUAGUGAAGCAGGAGAGAGAAUCGCCAUGGCAUCAAUUUGUUGGAAAUAAUCUCAUUAUCAAGAUUGGUGUCGUUGACAAAAGAAAGGGUCUCUUCCCUCGCAAAAGAACACUGAUUCUUACAGAGGGUCCGCGGCUGUAUUAUGUCGAUGCCCAGGCAAUGGUUCUGAAAGGGGAAAUUCCAUGGACAAAGGAUCUCAGACCAGAAGCUAAGAACUUCAACGUUUUCUUCGUCCAUACGCCAAAACGUAUUUAUUACUUGGAGGAUCACACGGGAUACGCCAUGGAUUGGGUAAAAAAGAUCGAAGACGUCCAUCGCGUUUACUUCGGAGAUACAACACAACUCUGAGUUAGUACAUUAUGAAAGACGAACAAUCUGAACUCCUUUUCAGAGCGGUUUUCCAGUGACUAUCGAAUCAUAUUAAAAACUAUCUUUAAGUAGUUGUUUGAGCCAAUCAGAAUGCAAGAUUUUUUUUUUUUUUGGUUUCCUCGUUAUGUUUCUCACGUGACUCAAGUUUUCGCCCUUGGCACCAUGCAGUUACUCUACUUUCCCGCUACCUUGCCUCUUGAUUACCGACUCGUUUUGUGACUGCUUUAGCCUAAAAUCGAUUCCACCCGCUGUUCGUUGAAUGAGCCCACGCUCCUCCGAGAUUGAGAAAUCGUCAGAAAUUGAACUUAGUUUUUAAAGUUUCAGAGAUGCCUAUUAGAAAACCACUUUGUUAAACUCCUACUGACAUUUACUACAGGUCGAUUUAGAAAGACUUGUUGACAUUGUAAAGAAGUCUCAUGGUCUGAUUAUCGACUAUUCUCCAAACGCUUGUAAAAUAAUAAACACUAUUAACUGCCGUAUUGUGCCUUCACCAGAAAAGUGGUUCAUAUUAAUGAUGUUAUCAUUUCACUGAAGUUUAUUUCGUUCUCCUGUUGAAGUGAUUUCCUCAACAGCCUUAUUUGAAUAUGUACUCUAAGGUACAGUACUCUUACGUGACAACCAUCGCGUGACUAUCUGAAUAACGGCUGUGCGGGAAUCUACUACUUGAGUAAAAACUUAUCUGUAUACAAUUAAGAUUACCUAGGUUAAUUCAUUUAUUGAUUUUGAUCCAUGUGUUCUCUGCAUACAUAAAUCAGCGCUACUAUGGAGAAUAUUGAAGAUUGUAAAACUACAAAAAAUAAAUUAAGUCUUGAAUAGGUAAUAAACGAUUUGAAACUAUGGAAUUCA